AUGGACGAACUUGUGACCCUCGGUCUCCCCCAGAUUGAAACUGCUGAAGUGAGAGUGGAGAGGCUUCUGAAAUUUGGCGCAUUUGGGAGAAUCUAUAAUGCUCAUGUCAAUGGUGAGCAGAUGGUUGUAAAACUAUUCGACAUUCGACAUGGUCCGGCUGACCUAAAGCAGAGCGUCAUAAGAGAGGCAAAGAUGCUUCACUUAGCGAGAGACUUUGAAUUGAUCGUAAAGAUUCAUGGAUGGUUUGUUAGCUCCUGUGGGAUCGACGUUGGUUUUAUUCUCGAAAAAGCUGACCAAGACUUCGACGAGUACAUUCAUGGAUCAAUGAGUCUUAUUUCUGAACUUCAUCGCCUGGACUACAUUAUUUCCCUCCUUGUCGAUCUCGCCGAGGCAUUGCUUUAUCUUCACGAGCAAAGCAUUGUUCAUCGUGAUAUCAAGCCUCGAAAUUGUCUUCUAUUUCGAGAUGAAAACAUGAGUGUCAGUCUCAAACUUGCAGAUUUCGGCUCUACUCGGGUUCUCCCCUCAGACACCGAGCAGUUGACCGUGCAGGUUGGAACAGUUCUUUGGCAGGCUCCAGAAAUGGAUGGAUUUGAAAAAGAUGGAUAUGACGAGCGUGUUGAUAUAUACAGCUUUGGAGUGAUACUUUGGGAAUGCUUGACGAAAAAGUACCCAUUCUGUGGUAAUUCAAAGAGUAAUAAAGAGAUGAAAGAGUGCCAAAAGGAUGACUGGCAAGUAACGCGCGAGAAGCGACAUCAUUGUCAUCCCGGACCUAUCCCAAAGCUUUGUAACGAAGAUAUAACAGAAAAAUUGAGUAAUCUGAUCUUCAUAUGCUGUGCAAUGGAUCCUGACAAAAGACCCGACGCGGAAUCAAUCCUUGAGGUCCUUCUGGGAAUCUGGAAUCAAUAUAGCGAUACCGUUCUGACAAUCCAGUACAAUAUCAACGAGUACCCGAAUGAGAACAGCCUCCAAAAUAUUGACGAUCAACCCAACUUACUGAAUUCACGAACAAUCAAUUACGUCCAUAGCAACUCUCUUCUUUCCGAAGAGAAUAGUACAUUAGAUUCGAUCAGCGAUUCCUUGAGCCGAAUAAACAUGGACACCGUGGACGGUCUUUCACAUUCCAGCGAAUUCAUCGGAACUCAAGAUCCGAUAGACCCAGCCAUCGAUCCAGGACUCCCGCCAAACGACUUUGACAACACUCAAUGA